CAAAAUUAAAUCCAUUCCCCCUGGUCCAAAGCCACCUUGUUCCGCACGACUACCAGCCAUCCUCUUGUGCACCAUCAUACAUACCACUCCCAGCUCCAAAUCCCCUGAAACAAUCCUUCAUACAAGUUUGGAUCUCUUUUCUUCUCUUCAAGUUUGAUAGCCACCAAAAGAAGAAUAAACUCUUCCAAAACCUAUACACAUGGCGACCAUCCUCCUCCUCCUUUGCCUCUCCAUCGCCAUCCGAUCCACCGCCGCCUCCGAAGCCAAUUGCAGCACCACCAGCCACCUCAAUGAAGCCUGCAAGCAGACCUUCGACACCGACCUCUGCGUCAAGGCCCUCUCCAUUUAUCCCGAGAGCCAAACCUUCGACUUCCAUGGUCUCGCCGGCCUCGCCAUCAGGGCCGCCGCCUCCGCUGCCGCCGACACCUCCUCCUACAUCUCCGGCGUCCUCGACGAGGGGAGUGUCGAAGAUGAGGACUUCCAGCAGUGCCUCUACGACUGCGAGGAGAGCUUCGUGGAUGCAGUCGAUCAGCUCGACGAGUCGACGGUGGCGAUGGACAAGAAGGCGUACGAGGACGUGAACUUGUGGGUGACGGUGGCCAAGACGGAUGGGCAGGUGUGUGAUGAAGGGUGCAAGAAUGUGCCAUCGGACACGAAGGUGAAGCUUGUCGCCAAGAGCGAGGAGUUCAGCAGAUUGUGUGGUAUUGUUCUCAACAUGACCAGCUUCCUCGCCGCCAAUCAUUAUUAAGACUUUUCUGAAAUAUUUUUGUGGCUUUAAUUAGAUUUUGUUUAACUCAGGUUCUGUCCCGACCAUUUAGAUUCCAAGAUUUUGGAUUCGUUCCAAUGUUUCAAAUGUUGUUCUUAUAACUGCAGGAUGUCUGACUUGAUAGUUUUUGCGUUUGCUGGACACCAUUUCAACUAUGCUGUUCUUAAUUUUUAUAACUCUUUUGUGGUAUUGAAAUUAAUU